UUUUUAUCAUUCGGGGUAUGUGAUUCAGACCCGUUUUUCCACGUGAAAUGAUCUGGAGUUACAGUCUAUGACUUCAGCUUUAAACAUGAAGCUUCUUAACGUUUUCACGUCUCUUCUCACUCGCUCUUGGAAUAUGCCUUGAAGCGGAGAAUCGUAUAUGAUGUUAUCGGUACUGGUCUUCGCGUGAGGAAAGAAGGGUUUUUCUGUUUCAUUUGUUCAAGGAGCUGAACUUCGCGGGUCCGGCUCUUAUCUGUUGAGGCUAUCAGCAAUGGCGGCGGAAGAACAAAAGGAGGCGUUGUUGCAGAAGCAUUACUAUGAGAAUUGCCCCGGCUGCAGAGUCAAGAAGCUUAACGAAUCGCGGAGAGGCUUGCCAAUCCGUGAGCUCAUGUCGAUCUGGAUCGUCGUGCUUUGCAAUGCACUGCCAAUAUCAUCUCUGUUCCCAUUCCUUUACUUCAUGAUUAGAGAUUUCCAUAUCGCCGCAAGAGAGGAAGACAUCGGGUAUUAUGCUGGUUGUGUAGGUUGUUCGUUCCUGUUCGGUAGAGCCUUGACGUCAAUUUUUUGGGGAAUUGUGGCGGAUCGAUACGGGCGAAAACCAGUCAUAAUUAUGGGAACAAUCGCAGUGGUCAUCUUCAACACACUUUUCGGCCUAAGUGUGAACUUUUGGAUGGCCAUUGCAACGAGGUUUCUUCUAGGAAGUUUAAAUGGUUUACUUGGACCAAUCAAGGCUUAUGCGACCGAAAUAUUCCGUGAGGAGUACCAAGCGCUAGGAGUAUCAACUGUUAGUACAGCAUGGGGGAUAGGAUUGAUUAUCGGUCCAGCUCUGGGAGGUUAUCUUGCGCAGCCCGCAGAAAAGUACCCGUCGAUAUUUUCCAAAGAAUCGGUGUUUGGAAAAUUUCCCUACUUCUUGCCCUGUCUCACCAUCUCGCUUUUCGCAUUGGUUGUUUCAAUCGCGACCUGCUGGCUUCCGGAAACAUUGCAUAUGUACCACGAUAACAGCAAGCUUGAUGAGUCUCGCAAAGAUAUGGGGACCGCAUCCCUCGAGUCUGGUGUGAAAUGCAAGACGCAACAAGUCGAAGGGAAAGCUCCGAAAAAGUCCCUGUUUCGUAAUUGGCCCUUGAUGUCGGCCAUCCUCGCGUACUGCAUCUUCUCGCUUCACGACAUGGCUUACUCGGAGAUCUUCUCCCUGUGGGCCGUAAGCCCUAGGCGAUUAGGGGGCUUAAGCUACACCACUGAAGAUGUUGGAACUAUUCUUUCCAUCUCAGGUGCCGGCCUUCUCAUCUUCCAAACGUUUUUAUACCCAUACUUGGACAGACUACUCGGCCCCAUUUUGGUAGCUCGCAUUUGUGGGAUCUUAUCGAUACCGCUCUUGUCAAGCUACCCUUUUAUAGCCAUGCUGACUGGGAUAGGUCUCUCCAUAGUUUUGAAUUGCGCAUCAGUCGCGAAGAAUGUUCUUUCUAUUUCCGUCUUCACCAGCUUGUUCCUUCUGCAAAACAAAGCCGUUGAUCAAGAUCAGAGAGGAGCUGCUAAUGGAAUCGCGAUGACCGCUGUGUCUGUCUUCAAGGCGGUCGGUCCAGCUGGAGGAGGCGCAAUAUUCUCUUGGACACAGAAGCGUCAGGACACGGCCUUUCUCCCAGGCAACCAGAUGAUCUUCUUCAUCCUGAAUGUGGUCAUGGCGAUCGGGGUGCUGAUGACGUUCAAGCCGUUCCUUGUCGAGCGCCGCGACUAAAUGAAAGCAGAGUUGAACCCGCAUGAGUUCUAAAAGGCGCUGCUAAAACUCAGAGCAGAUCUUGCGUAAUAUCAGCUGUCAUUCGAUUCUUUCACAGUUCCAUCGAUCCCAUGCUCGUGAACUAAUCUCCUGUAGACCUGAUCAUGGGUGUAAGUGCGUGUUAGGCCCUCCCGACCCGAAGCACAACUUGAGCGACUGGGGGAAGAAAUUCCUCCUUUAGCACGGUCAUUGUAUAAAGUGAAUAGUACCUAUUUGAUACCUAUUUUAUGUCAUGGGCGAGCCCACAUAUGAAAGUUUAGGU